GUUAGCUGGCUGGCCUUCGAACGCUGUCUUCCCUCCCUCCCUCGCUCGCUCGAACGCGCGCGCGCCUCUCAGAUCGGGGCGGGCUGUCCCUCCGCGGCCACCGUUCGGGCCUAGCGCGUCUCCGUCACGCAGGCUCUCCUCAGGCCAGCCAGCGAGCGAGCGAGUGCGCGAGCGCCAUCCGCCCCUCCUCCUCCUCCUCGGGCGUUUUUUUUUCCCCUCUCUCUCUCUCUCUCUCUCUCUUCCUCUUCCUCGUUUUCCCGCCCGCCCUUGCGGAGACCUUUGACCCUCUCCGUCCGGUUGUUAUGUCGGGCCUCCUCCGCCGCCGCCGCCGCAUUCCUUGACGCGCGCGCCCGUCGCCUCCUCAGCCGCCGUCUUUUUUUUUUCUUCUUCUUCUUUCACCUUCCCCCCACCCGCAACCUCAGCCGCCCGGGGUUGCGCGCGCGCCCACAGCCCCCCCCCGCCGCUUCCUCCUCCUCCUCCUGCCCCCACCGCGAAGCCCGCGCUCGCCUCCAGCCCCGCCCGAGUAACGGUCGCCUCCGCGCUCCAGGCGCGCUCCCGCCGCCGCCCGCGGCCUGCUCGGGAGCCUCUGCCGCCCCCCCCCGCUCCCUCACGUGCGCGCGCCCGCUCGCCCGCCCGGUCAGCUCUCCCGCCCAGAGGAGGAGGAGGAGGAAGAAGACGAAGAUGAAGGAGCUGAAGCAGCGGAGGAAGAAGGAGCGCACGUGGGCCGAGGCCGCCCGCCUGGUGCUGGAAAACUAUUCGGAUGGACCCAUGACCCCAAAGCAGAUUCUGCAGGUGAUAGAAACCGAAGGCCUAAAAGAAAUGAGUGGCACCUCUCCGCUGGCCUGCCUGAACGCGAUGCUUCACUCCAAUUCAAGAAGCUGCGAUGGGCUAUUUUACAAACUUCCCGGGCGGAUUAGCCUCUUCACUCUCAAGAAAGCUGCUGCCCAAUGGUCUCGGACGCUCGCCGGGCCUGAAGGAGAAGAGCUGGAUGACGCCGAGAGCAGCGGUUCCAAUGAAGCUGCCAGCACUGUGAGCGGGGAUAAUGACGUGUCUCUGGACGAAACCUCUUCCAACGCCUCCUGUUCCACGGAGUCCCAAAGCAAGAGCAGCUUGGCUCUUCGGGAAAGCACCAGAACAGCAUCGCAGGUGAGCAAGCAGAAGAAAAAGGCAGGCAUGAUGCUUCCCCGUGUGGUCCUGACACCCCUGAAAGUAAAUGGGGCCCACAUGGAACCCUCUUCCGGAUUGGCGGGGAAGCCGGUUGCCGACGAGAGCAGCAGCAGCAGCUCUUCGGUUCUGCCCAGCACUCCCUGCAACAGGACAGAAAUGGCGAGGGAAGCCCCCCACCUGCUCCGGGGGGUCCGCAAGCCCUCAAGCGGACAGAUGAAGAGGAACAGGGGGGACGACGUAGACUUUGAGACGCCUGGCUCCAUUCUGGUGAACACCAACCUGCGGGCGCUGAUCAAUUCCAGGACCUUCAAUGCCCUCCCCCUCCACUUCCAGCAGCAGCUGCUCCUCCUCCUCCCUGAAGUGGACAGACAGGCUGGGACAGACGGGCUGCUGCGUCUGAGUGGAAGCGCCCUCAAUAACGAGUUUUUUGCUCACGCUGCCCAGAGCUGGAGGGAGAGGCUGGCAGACGGGGAGUUUACUCACGAGAUGCAGGUCCGCAUCCGGCAGGAAAUGGAGAAGGAAAAGAAGACGGAAGUCUGGAAAGAGCGGUUUUUCGAGGACUACUACGGGCAGAAGCUGGGCUUGACCACGGGAGAGCCGAACUCGGCGUCCGGCGAAGCGGAGAACAGGACCGUAGCCGCCUCCCCAGAAGGCCCCGCCAGGGCACCCUGCGCUCCCGCCACCCACCAGCCCGACGGGCACUUCAAGAGGCGCUCUCUCCGCUGCCGGAGCCGCCGGAACCGGCACAAGCUGCGCGAACCGGAGCCCUCCGCCCCUACCCCAGAGGCCUCGCCGCCGUCCUCUGCGGAGGCCACGCCGGUUGAGGAGAGGCCGGCCGAUCCCUCCGCCAACGAACGCCAAGGCAGCCGGGCUUCUCCCCCAGCCGAGAUGUCUCCGGAGGUGGCCAGGGUCCUGAGCAAAGUGGACGAGGCGGUGGCUGUGGCAGCGGCAUCGGCGGCAGCCCCGGACAGAAUUCCCAGCCUGCCUCUGGGGCCGCAGGAGCAGCAGAAGAGGAAGUGCUUCGAGCAAACCGCCUCUCCCUCUUUCCCCGAGAAGAAGCCGCGGCUGGAGGACCGUCAGUCCUUUCGUAACACAAUUGAAAGUGUUCACCCAGAAAAGCCACAGCCCACCAAAGAAGAACCCAAAGUCCCUCCCAUCCGGAUUCAACUUUCCCGAAUCAAACCCCCCUGGGUGGUUAAAGGUCAGCCAGCCUACCAGAUAUGUCCUCGGAUUAUCCCCAAUCCAGAACCCGCCAGGUCGGACAGAAGGGGCAGCCCAACCUCUGCUGACUCUCAGGCCUGUCCUCUGCAAGGCCGAGUCCAGCGAGCGCCUGCUGCUCCUGCCUCCACCAUUGGAGGUGGGGGUGGGCCAGGAGGCGGCGGAAGGGGUCCCGACGAAGGCGGUGGUGGUUGUCGCAGCAGCAGCAGCAACAACAACAGCAGGGUCCGGCCGCCCCGGAGCCACCGCGCCAAGCACUGGCGAUCCAAGAGAACUCGCGGGAAGCGCUGGUCAGAUUUACAGCGAGCACAGUUACUGCCGCCUUCCCACCUAGACGGGAAGACCGGCUGGCCGGUGCCUGAAGCCAACUUGCCUUCUGGGGCCAGAGAGCCCACCCGGGAAGGAGGGCGUGAGUUGGGUGGACAGGCCACAAGUCUGCCUUCCCAGGAAGCUGCUGUCCAGCGAGAGGAGCCUUCGGAAGGCGGCACCCGUGAUCGCAGAGCAGCGGAAGCGCCGGCCGUUAGUCCUGGGCAACUGUUGGAGGAUCAGAGAUCUCCGCUGUCUCCAGAAGAGGCUUCUCUGGAGGGCCAUACCCGGAAGGAGAGAAGGGAAUCUCCCGUGGGAAGCCAGCGGAGCAGUGGCUGGCUAGGAGACGCAGAAAGCAGGAAGGAGGGCCGUGAAGAUGACCGUCCCGCCAUGUUGGACUGCACCACUGCAGCACAAGCCGGCUCCCUUGAUCUGGCUCCAGAGAGCAGCACAAGAGUCAGCUCAGCGGCUUUGGGCUCCCCUGCAUGGGAGGGCGUGCCAGUGCACCCCACUCCUGCUGGGACGGAACUUCCACCCUCCCAGCCUCAGAGGGCCGCCCCUGGCGCUGGAAGAGGGGCCCGGAGUAGCCCAGAGGAAGCUUCCCAGGCGACAACAGGCCUGCUCCCUCCGUGCCUCGAGGCAAGUGCCCACAAGAGCCACCUGUCCCCAGCAGAGGCACCCUCGGGCAUGGAGGUAGAGACUGGCCGAGAGCGGGCCGAGGCAGGGCCGAACGCCAGCCCCAGCAGCAGUGAGGGAGCCCGGAGUCCGCUGAGCGAGACCACAGAGACUGCCUCCGAUUUGGAUGCUGAGCUCACCGAUGAGAGUUUGGAAAUAAACCGGGAUUGUCGCCUGGCGGAAGUGAGGGAAGCCGGGUCCAACCAGAGGCACCCGGAGGAACGCAAACAGGUCGUCUUAGAAAGCGGGGAAGAUUUGCCUUCCGUCGUCGACGUUGCCAACGCCCCGUGCGGGAGAAAGUCGCCCUCUGCUACCCUCGCGGCAGGAACAUCGGUUCUCCCCGUUUACGUCAAAAUCCAGGAAAGGCCCCGCUCAGGCAUCUCCCAGCCUCUGUCCGCCGGAGCGAGCAAGCCCCUCGAGGGGCAGGGGGUCACCCAGGGCCUGCCUCCACGAAGCGUUCUGCCCUCUUCCGAGGCGGCUAAGAGCAGGGACCGCCUCGUGCUGGACGCUUCUUACGAGGAGGGGACAGUCCUGACUGACCCAGCCGGGAAGGCCGCUUGUCCAUCCCAGCUCUUGCGGGACUCUGCCGGAAGGCCCUGCCUGCCGGAGACAGCCUCCCUGCCUCCAGAGAAGAAUCCCAAUUCGGGAUCCCUGGAUCAAGCCGUCCGUCAGUCCCAGAAAACAGAUCUCUUGAAUCUGGGAAAGAAUCACAUCUCUCCCACUCUUCAUCCAGAUCAAAGGGAUUCUCCCUGGGCAGAUUGUACCCCUGGCGUCGGAAAGCUGGAAGAGAAGCUCAAGACGGCCCCGGAACCCAGGUUCGUGACCUCUCUGGGACCCGGGCAGCCAAACAACGUUCCUGCAGAGAAGACCCCUGCAGCUCUGGGCAGGAAGGUCUUCGGCUCGGGCAUCCCCUCGGGCGGGGCGGCAGCCAAGGCCCAGAAGCCCCAGGGCUCCGAGCCUUUCCCCAUGUGGGGCAUGCUGUCCCACAGCAAACUGGUCUGCCCCACGCCCAAGGGUGCUGCCCCUGGAGCCGGCUUGCCUCCUGCAAGGGAGGGUGGGCCCUCCAAGCGGGACGAGAACAGGAAGGUCCAGGCCUCGGUCCAGAGAAAGAGGGAGCCGCCGAAAGAGGCCCCUGCCAAGUUGAGGGAGCCUUGGCAGAGCCUCCCUUUGAUGAGAGACCUGGCUUUUUUCAAGCUGCCGAAGGAGCCGGGCAAGGGGGCCCCGCAGCCCCUGGAGCCUUCCUCCCUGCCUUCCCAGCUGAACAUCAAGCAGGCCUUUUACCGGAAGCUGUCCAAGCUGCAGCUGAAUUCCGCCUCUUCGGCUGGCAGCCCCUUUUUCCCCAGAAGCCUGGAAGGCAGCCACGCCAUGCCCUUUGGCCCCAAGGCCAACCUGACGGCUUCUUCCCGGGGCGGGCUGUCUUUUUCCGCCCAGGUGUUUGCCGAGACGGGCAAAGGCAUGGAGGAGCUCUCCCUCCAGUGCUCCUGCAGCCUGAAAGCCAUGAUCAUGUGCAAGGGCUGCGGCGCCUUUUGCCACGACGACUGCAUCGGCCCUUCCAAGCUUUGCGUGCUGUGCCUGGUGGUGAGAUGACGCUCGCAGCCCCGGGAAGGAGAAGCAAGCUGUAUAUUUGAGCGAGGGAGGAAGAGGAGGAGGAGGACGCCGACCAGGAACAAACCUGUAUGCAAACAAGAUUCUGGUCCUUAAACAAAGGCAACGUUGGUGCUGUGUGUCUUGGGUUUCCCUGCUAGGGGUGGCAGGUCAGACACGGAGACGGGCUGGUUUCGGGGGGGCGAUUCUCACCCACCGAGGAACUGUUGAAGAUUUGGCACUGUUGGCGCCCCGGCCUGGGACUGUUCUGGCGCCGUGGGGCGGGUGGGGGGGGGAGAGCUGAGACACCCCCCCUUCCUGUUGGAAGGCCGAUCCAGCUGAUUCUGUCUUCCACUUUCUCUUCCUGCCACCCUCCCCGAACACUGGGGAGAGUCCACCCGGAAAUACAGGGCGGUGGGCUUCAAGAGCUGGAACGCAGGAGGGGAGAACAGGAGGCCCCCCCACCGCCUCCUCUUCCCGCGUCCAGGAGGACUUUUUCACUUUCUAAGCAGUGUCAUCUUUUUUCUGUUUUUUUUUUAAACCCCCCCCCCCAUACGUAUAUAAAUAUAAAUCUAUAAUAUAAUUUUUUUUGUUGUUCUUGGGUGUAAAAAAAAAAGUGGAAACCCGUUUGGCACCUCUCUGUACCUUCUAUGCAUCUGUAGGAAACACGUCUUUCUUCAAUCCGUUGUACACAGCUCACUGGCCACUUCUGUAAAAUGGGUGUUCUGUACAUAAAAAGCUCUCUUUUUUUUUUUCCUUCUUUUUUUUUUUUUUUUUUUUGAACACCCCCCCCUUUUUUUUUUUUCGUUUUAUUUCAGGCUACCCACAGUAUUGCAUUUGUAGAGUAGUGUCGGUUACGAAGCGCCCUCCACCAACGGCUGUACCCCUCGUCCUGCGGAGGGGAAGGGGGAACCCCUCCUGUGGAUCCCCCUAGAUUUGAAUCCGUCUCCCAGGAGGCAAGGCCCACUCUCUUCCCUCCCCCCCCCCCGGGAAGGGCCCGAAGACCUCAACCCAAGGCCCCCGUCAUCUCCCUCCCCUUGACCUACCUACCUACCUACCUACCUCUUCCUUUCUUGACAGUCUCCCUCCCCUUGGCUUUCACCGUAGACCUCCUGCUCAAGUGACAACAACAGCCUAAAAAAAAUAAUAACACCUGGGCUCUCCUGCCCGGGCAGGUGAGCGCCAUUCCCAGUCAAGGUCUCCUGAGCAGGGAAGGCCAGUUCAAAGGGGAGUGGGUGGUCUUCAGAGGUGAAUCCACAGAGGGUCUGAACCUGCUUACCAAAGAAUGGGCUUCCCCCAAACCCCUCCCUUGCUUCUGACCCCCUCUAUCCUCCGGGGGGGGGGGAGAGAUGUGUGGUUUGUGUACAGAUGGAGCCUGGGCUGAUGGGGGAAGGAGGGGCAGAUCUACCCUGAUGUUAUAUGUCCCUUGUGGUAUGGAGAAAAAAAAUAAAUAAAAAAACAUUUGCAACAGCUCAAA